AUGUACUCCCCCUACGAUGCCGUAUACGGCCACGACACGACGUACAUCCGCCGGAUGACAGUAGAAGAGUACGUACAAGAACUGAAAGAGGAGGAGGACGAUAUCUGCGGAGUGACACCGCCGCAGCGUGCUGCGGGGCAGGCAAGCAAGAACAAUGCACCAGCCACCUCUACACUGUCGACGCCGACGCGUCGCACCACUCGCCAAUAUGAACAGCGCCGCUUAGCGCUCUCCUCCUGCAAUCCCAAUGUCGUCUUUUUCUCCAAGUAUCCAAUGUACGACCGGCUGGGACGGGAGUUGUGUGUGGCCUUCCAGAUGCAGGACAUGGCCGUUCAGCAAGAGCUACGACGUCUGGAGAAAGAAGAAGGCCGCGACUCACGCCGAUCGGGUGUGCGGCUAAGCGCUGAGCUGCCAAUGGAGUCAGACACGACCAGCGGCAGCCGUCCGAUGUCCGUGCGUGCUUCAGAGGCCACAGCAGAGGGGCACGAACUCACACAGACGGAGGAAGCGUCGCACCUCUUGUAUCCCAGUCACAUAGACGGCGAUACCCUUGUCGACAUUGACGUCUCUGUCACCUCGUAUUACCCAUCCGUGUCUGCAAUUUGCACCUCCUCUUGCCCCGCUUCGGCGCGGCCAUCCGACUUCUCUAUCUUUCGCGACAGCAGCGGGACCGCUGCGGCAGGAGCCAGUCGCGGAGGUCUUAUCAAGACGCGCAGCAGCGUCCCGGUGCAGUCCGUAGUGGAGGAAGAAGGUAUCCUCAUCCACCGCAGUGACGGCGGGGGCGGUUUUCUUCGGGCCACGUCGAUGCCUCCGGCAACCACGGCGGCGCAGUCGGACUAUGCAGAAGGGCACGGCUCGCAGCGGCGGUGGAGAUCAGAGAAGCGUCACCGCAGUCGCAGCAGCGGCAGCAGUGGUCGCCACAGUCGCGUCCGCUUCGUCAACGAUGAUCAAGUCGCCAAAGACAUUCAGCGAGGGGAGCAGCCACCUCAGCAACCCGUACAUGGCGCCGUACUGCUCCCGCCGCGCCCACCUACACCACCACCAGUACCGCUCUCAGAGGCAGACAACACGAGGGCAGAGGAGACGGCUCUCGAGGACGCAACGCGGUGGACAGCGACGUCACGCGCGUCCGCAGCAGUGCGAACCACCAAGCAGCUCUUUCGCAGCACAACACACAUCGACACCUCCACUGCGUCGCGCGCCACCACUACCCCCUCGUACAGGCAGCCCAUUGCAAGCAGCGUGUAUGGACUGUCAGCCACGGUCAUCGCCGCGAGCAAGGUACGAACGGCGGUGGAGCACAAUGUGCAGUUGUGCGCCACGGCCAUGCCACCCUAUCUUUACUCGGAGGAAGAAGAAACGAGUGCAGAGACGACGCCAGAGCUUCAGUGUGGGUCGGAAAUUCGACUCGGUAGCGCGUGGUAUCGACUCGUGCACUUUCAUCUUGUGGCUGAAGUGUAUGUGGCGGUGCGAAUCCGUGCCCCCGCCCGAACAGCAGGGGGUUCCAGUAAGACAGAGAGGUCUACCGAGACCAGCAACUCAGCCACCGUCAACGAGGCGACAACAGUGGCCGAUUUAGAAGCCGCGCCAGGUCAGCGACCCGCUGGUAAGGACCCGACGGUACAAGUUGUGACGGCUACAGCACUGCAACAGGACUGCAGUGUCGCUGCCGCUGCGCCAGAGUUGCCACUGCAGACAAGCGUUGGUGAAGAAGAAGACCGCAAUGUGGCAGCGUCGACAGCUGCGCCGACUGGCUCUGCCGCCGAGGAGGAACGAAACUACGCACAGGGCACGGAUGAUGCAGAGUCCAGCCCAUCGCCAACGUUGAUGGAUGAUGAAUGGGUGGGGGCGGCGUCAUCGCAACAGUAUUUUGUGUACCGGUGGCGAGCGACGAGUCUUCCCCAGGGUGGCGAUGAGGCCCGUCGGGCCGCACUCGGUCUCUCCUUGUACACAUCACAGGUACACGUGCACGGAAUUCGCUACGCUGAUGGAGGCGGUAUCACGGUGCUCUCGAUCCCGCUUGGCUACCGCGCCGUCCCCAUGAGCGGGCUGCCCUUGUCACUUCGGAGCUACACAACCCUUCUGCGUGUGGUGCUGAAGGCCUUCUCGACGAUGGUGACACGUCGCACAGUGCACGGGAACGUGUCAGCCCUCGGGGAGCUGUUUCUCGCCUGGCCAAUGGCACCUGAGCAAAGGUCUUCACCGCUGAGGGUGGAGGAGAAGCACGGCGUCGACCAGGGAAACGGCAACACUGUUCAAGGCGCCACACGGGAACCAUUCAUGCUACUAUUUCACUGGGAACGCUGGGUGGACUUUAGCAUGUUUGUGGACCGAAACGCUGGCCGCACGAUCCCGUUCGACUUUGAGGGUGGCACGGCGCCGUCCCUUAUCACCUAUGGAAAAGACCUGUUGGGGAGUCUGCAGCUUUUCCUGGAACACCCUCUGGCCGCAGAGCUCACAUCGGAGCAGUAUAUAUUUCUGCAGAAACUUAUCGUGACUGCCACAGAGCCCACACAAGUGGCGAACUACCUUAUCCAGAUGAAGAACCUGAUGCUGUCCCUGCCGACGGACACAGAAGCGCUGCAUCAGAGCUUCGAUGCUGCAGUUAUGCACCAUGCUCUCUGA